AUGAGUUGCAUCAACUUUUUGAAACUUCUGCUUCGUUCACGGAAGGACGAUCUAACGGGAGAUGACACGCUUUUCAACCGGUGUUUGACAGUACUGGAUGUGAUUCUAUUAGGAAUGGGAUCCAUGCUUGGGCCAGGUCUGUACGUAGCCACAGGACAAAUCGCUCGAGAUACAGCAGGACCAGCCAUUGUCAUUUCUCUUAUGAUCGCGGCGUUCCCGGCGAUUUUGUCUUCGCUCUGUUAUGCCGAAUUUGCCGCUCGCGUCUCGAAAACAGGAUCCUCGUAUGUUUAUACAUACCUUGCUCUGGGAGAGAUAUGGGCUUUUAUAAUCGGUUGGAAUCUAAUUUUAGAAAACGUCCUUGCAAGCGCUCUGCUGGCAAAUGAAUUCAGCAAAUUUCUUAACUCCAUUAGCGGGAAAAAAAUUUCAAAAUUCAUGACUGAAAACGUUGCUCAGUGGAGCGUGGCAGGAUUUCAACCAUAUCCAGAUUUCAUAGCUUUUUUAGUCGUUAUUGUAUUCACCGUCGUAGCUGCUACAGGGCCGCGAAAACCAGCCCUUUUCAUGCGAUUUGCGACUAUGAUCAAUUUGCUGGUGGUCCUAUUUAUUGUACUCUCAGGAUUUUACUUCAUGGACACUACCAAUUGGGAGACACUUGACAAAUUCGCACCUUUUGGCUUCGAUGGAAUCAUGGCUGGUGCGUCUAUUUCCUACUUUGCGUUUCUUGGUUUUGAUAUCAUCAAUUCUGCCAGCGAAGAGACUGACAAUCCACUAAGAGUUGUUCCGUUUGCCAACUCUGUUAGCACGUAUAUUGGGGUUUUCAUAUACCUCAUCACUGCAGCAGUUCUGACGUUAAUCAUUCCCUACAAUAAACUUAGUUUCAACAGCCCUCUAACAGAGGCAUUUGGUUACACAGGUUCCGAAGUUGGAAAAUACUUUGUUGCUAUCGGAGGAUUCUUCGGAAUGACAACCGCUCUGCUCACUUUUAAUUAUGCAGGAACUCGUCUUAUUUAUGCCAUGGCCAAUGACGGACUUUUGUUUCAAAGUUUAGCAAAGGUUAGUGACAGAACUCGAGUUCCAAUUAGAGCUGGAUUAAUUUUCGGCUUCAGUGCAGCAGUAAUAGCACUCUUCCUAAACCUAAACGACUUAGUUGAGAUGAUGUCUAUUGGAACACUCAUGGCGUACACCGCUGUGUCCUUGGCUGUCCUUCUAGAGCGAUACCGACCGAUGUCUCGGUCAGAAUUUCCAACAAACGGAGAAGAUUACGACACGAAUGACGACGAACCCUCUUCUUGCUGUGGGAAGCUUCGCGAGGGAAUGAAGAAACAAAUCUCAGCUGCGCGAGAGAUCAAAACCAAAUUGAGUGCCAAGUUUGGUGACAAACCCACCAAGGACACUCAUCGAGUUGCUGGAAUUGCUGCGGCGUGCCUCGUAUUUGCGGGUUAUGGGUUCUCUUUGACCGUCUCUCCAGCAAGCGGCUUGCCUCAUGUGGCCGAGAAGAAUCCUAUUAUCAUAUUCGCCUGUUGCCUAAUGGCCACUGUCGUCAUCUUCGCCUUGGCAGUAUUGUUCAUGUUACCAACAGAGGAGUUUAGGAUUGCUCAUGCAGUGCAAUGUACUCCGUUCGUUCCUCUGACCAGUAUCUUGACCAAUAUUUACUUACUGACUAAUUUGUCCCGUUGGACCUGGGCUCGAGUAGCUACCUGGAUGUUUAUUGGUGAGUAAGUUGUAGAGUAUUACCACUGAGUGUUGUAAAUUAAAACCAUAUUUGAGGCACUCUGCAACUGAGUGCCGACACUAAUCCAGGAUUACAGCGAUUACACCUCGCUGUGUCAUUUCUUUCUGACAUAACAAACUCGAGCUACCCACAAAACCAAUCAGUUAAAAGACUUACCACAAUAACAAGUGGGUAACUCGCGUUUUCCGAGAUAUAGUUCGUUUGCAAUCUAUUUACUCUUGGAUAUCACUCGCCGUCUUUGCUAUAUCUGGAUUUUUCCUCUGUCCCAUAGUACACACAGUUUUAACACUUUUAGCCACGAAUUCAUUCGUUCGGCAUUUAAGAGCUAACCCGCUAUACCUCAAGGGGCUUUAAAUGACACUAUUGUGCUUGAUUAAAACCUACUCACUGUCAGUAUUUUUUGUCUCUGAAGGUAUGGCUAUUUACUUCAUGUAUGGCAUUCACAAUAGCAAAGUAGAUUUCACAAAAUAUGACGUUUCACGUGAUUUUCUGGACCGGCUUAUUCCGUCAGCACGUGACGAACACGUCCGCACCUGGACACCGAGCAGUGAAGAAGGACCCAUGUCACCCAGUAGUGACAGUGAAAACGAUGAAGGGUUUCAGUCCAACUUAAUGACAAGUGAAGAUGAGUCUCCUAAGCACGCAGUUCUUCACAAAGAAAAGAAUAAGGCCACAAAUACAGCAACCGGACCAGCUGAACGAUACCGUUAAGACGCUUCUUCUUUUUGACACUUAAAUGUCCUUUUGCUUCUCUUCUCGCCGUGGAUACGUCAUCGGUACAUUUACAUUGAAUUUACAUAUUCAUCAGCAGAACAAACUCGUAGAUAAUAUUAGAGAAGGUAAAUUUUCUUAGAGCAGACUUUUCUUUUCACUCUUUUCCUCGACAAGUGUGUUCGUCAAGAGCAAAUUUGACUAAAAAGGCUACAAGUAUAUCAGUUUGAGUUGAAGAGGACUUGUGCGCACUGUAAAAUAGGUUAAACUUUUCCAAGAAAGAAAAGUCGAGGAAAAUAUGCCUGGGUCAAUUUUGGCUUAAUACAAAACCUGACUGAGGGAUCAUGCAAUCGGAUAACUGCACCUUCAAAAAUGCACCUGGACUUUUUCAAAUCUCUACGUUUGUAAUAUGCGCCACUUUAUCCAAUCUUUCUCGAGGUGAUACAUUAGCUCCUUAAUGUUUGUAGAUUCUAACAUAAUUAUUUGCAAGUUCGCUAGUAUCACGUAAAUCCAUCUAUGAAAACAAACAGAGAAAUCGGGAAAGCCUUUUUUUAUCGCCCUUUUGAGAAGGAGCGAAUCAAAUAUUUUGGAAUUAUUGAAACAAUUCAUAUUUUAUUUUCCAUACGAGUGUUAACUUACAAAAAAAAGCUAAGUUGUUAUUUAUAUAAAACCUUCCACUUUCGAGAAUGACGCAACCAAACUGUUAUUUCUACAAUCUUUCAAGUAUGUUACAUAUUUAAAAUUGGAGAUAUUUUUGAUGACUAUUUCUCAAUUCUCACCACAUGCUUGACAUGUCAGUGAUACUGCAUGGAGAAUUACCAUGUUGAUCACUUCAUGAUUCAUAAUGUUGAGAAUGCAAUUAUUUAAGUCUUUGAAAAUAAAAUGUGUUCUGUGCGA